AUGGCGUCAGCAUCCAAAUCUACUUGCCUAAUUGUAACCGCUUUCUUUCUGUGUACAUGCGAAUCAGCAAAUAUCAAUCUCCGGAAAAAUGAAACAACUGAGGUGGACAAAAUGCUGAAUGAUGAUGGAUUCUCAGAUUACGAACCAUUCAAGGAGGAUAGAUUGAAGGUAGAAAAUAUUAUCAAGAAUUAUGACGAUGCAAUGCAAAUAAAUAAAAAAAACAUCAGUCAGUAUCAAUCAGAUAUAUAUGAACAAGUAAAAUUGGUAAAACAGGUAAUAAAGGAUGAGAGGAAUUUCAGAAGAUUUAUGAAAUGCCAGGAAAACUACACUUCUGUCCACAGCUUACUGAACACUUACAAAGGUAUGUGAAAUUUGAAUACACUUUUGUUUACUGACAUGGAAAAUAAUUCAUCAGAAUAUGUCAUAAUGUAAAUGAAUCGCUGUAUAGACUAUUCUGAGCCAUUGUUAUUGUUCUGGCUUGCAUACGGAGACGAUGAAUCUAGAUGAAAAUUGUAUAGGUUUGGUCAGUGAUCACAUAUUUGCACCAUGAGUAAGAACCAGUAGUCAAUUGCGAAUCUAAUCGAGUGCAGAUAGUCGCUGUUCAUUUUCAGAUGAGUCUGGUAAUAACGGUACGUAUGUGGCUUCAAGUUAUGCAGUAUGAAUUAUAAAAGAGCAUAUUACUGCUUUC